AUGUGUGACCCUCCAGGGGGCGAAGCUGUGCGUGCCGUGUCGACCGAGGCGAACCGAGGCCGCCUUCUGACUGGCGACAAUGUUCCCCCCAGGCGCCGCAACAACUACGGUGGUGUGUCAGACAAGGGCCCGUGGAUUUUCGGCAUGCUGUACGUGUCCACGAAGGAGCUAAGGCUGUUCGAGGUCGACAAAAGAGACGCGGCCACCCUUGGUCCUCUGAUCGCAAAGAACGUUCUUCCCGGCACGACGGUGUUCAGUGACGAGUGGGCCGCAUACCGGUGCAUACCCGGCCUCGUGAAUGCCAAUGGGACGCCGCUAAACCUCGACUGGCACACCGUGAACCACAGCGUCAACUUCAUCGACCCUGCAACAGGCGUCAACACGCAACGCAUCGAAAGCGAGUGGCAGAAAGCAAAACGACGACUCGUUCGCAACGGCAACAAAACGACUCCCGCUCUGAUGCGUUCUCACCUCGCCUGGCUGUGGUGGAGGUCCGUGAACGCACGUCCCAACGUGAAGGACAAGUUCCGUCGGCUCAUCGAGGCCAUCGCACGCCGGCGUCGCAAGAUGCUCACGGAGGGGGAGGCUCGUUACUUUCUACACCAGCUUCUUCUUGCAUGCCGCUACCUUGUGCAAGAGAAGGUCAUUCACAGAGACCUCAAGCUGGGAAACCUUUUGCUCAAUGACAAGAUGGAGCUUAAAGUGGGAGACUUUGGGCUUGCCACCCGCUUGGAAUUUGACGGCGAGAGGAAGAAGACUCUCUGCGGCACGCCCAACUACAUAGCGCCUGAAAUACUCUCCAAAAAGGGGCACAGCUUUGAGGUUGACAUCUGGUCUAUCGGAUGCAUCUUGUUCACCCUUCUUGUUGGUCGUCCACCAUUCGAGACUCAGUCCUUGAAAGAGACUUACGUUCGCAUCAAGAAAAAUGAAUAUCAUGUGCCUUCAUCAGUGAGCUCUGCUGCCAGAAAGCUCAUCAGAAAAAUGCUGCAACAAGAUCCAGAGAAGCGUCCAAAUAUAGAGGCCAUUUUCCAGGAUGAAUUCAUGACAUGGGGACCACUUCCGUCCCGUCUCCCCACAUCUUGCCUGACCACAGAGCCCCGCAAUGACACGCUCAAUGCCACCCUGACUGUGAAUGGCCGCAAGCCCUUGCUGGAGCGAAAUGAAGGCCCUGCUGCUCAGCCAGGUGGUUCUCGGAAGCCUGCGUCAGAGAGCCCGGCCAGCAAGGAUGCUCCACAAGAGGCUCACCUCGGCGAGCUUCAACGCCUCCUCGGGCACCUGAUCAGCGCUCGUCCGCCUGAGCUGCGCUUUGAGCGCCCCGACGAGGCGGAGGAUCCGGCUUCCAUGCCGGUGUUCUGGGUCAGCAAGUGGGUGGAUUACACUGACAAGUACGGUCUGGGCUACCAGCUGUGCGACAACAGUAUCGGCGUGGUAUUCAACGACACCACCCGAGUCAUUCUGCUCAACAACAACUUGAGCUUGACGUACGUCGAUGAGGACAGCAUUGAGCACUACCAUUCCCUGGAAGAGUAUCCGCCAUCGCUGCAGAAAAAGAUCACGCUGCUAAAAUACUUCUGCACAUACAUGAAGCAGUACCUCCUCAUGACAGGCGCAGAUGUCAGCCCCAGGGAAUGUGAUGAUCUGGUCAGGCUGCCAUGCCUACGGGCAUGGCUGCGAACACGGGCUGCAAUCGCUUUCUACCUGACCAAUGGAACGGUCCAGAUCAACUUUUUCCAGGACCACACGAAGCUCAUCUUGUGCCCCCUGAUGGCGGCAGUGUCGUACAUAGACAACAACCGGGUUUUCCACACGUACCGGCUUGAGACUCUGCACAAGGGCUGCCCACCUGAGCUGUUCUCUCGGCUGAAGUAUGCACGGACAAUCUUAGACCGGCUGACCAGCACGUCUUCCUAGACUGGCCGCCUUCCCAGUUUUUUUUUGGUUUCGGAGUUUCCUUGCCGGGAAAUUUGUACAUAGCAAAAGAUUUGUAUGCAUCUAUAGUCUGUUUUUAUAUACUUU